AUGAAGAAAUGUGACAAUGAAAGAAUAGCUUAAUAAAUAUAUGCCAGUUAGAUGUUAAAAUUGUAAGGCAAAAUCCUGGAAAAGAAGUUAACCAAAACUGGCUCCAAGAAUCACAUCGAAAGUUAAUCGCAAAACAUCUCAAACAACAAUAGUCCUGUCGUUGGAAGAUAAAAGUCCUAUGAGAAUUUGUAGAAAGUCAACAAGACAUUUAUAAACCAACCAGUUUCAUAGCAAAAAUUAAGCAGCAUUUUGAAUGUGAUCAGUGGACAACAACAACAAUAAAACACUAAAUAAAAGUACUCCAUCAACAACGAAUUGAUCGAAACUGUUAAGAUCUCACAUAAGUUACGUAAGAAUCAAUCCAUGAUACAUAUUGAACAACAAUCUCCUGCUCUAACCAAAAAUGCAUCCUUCCAUCAUUCAGUUAAAAACAAAAUCAAUAGCAAUAGUGUAUCAAGUGAUCAAUCUCAAAUUCAAAAAGUCAAAGAGAAGAUCAAAUUGCUCUUGUAGGAACGAGAUCAAAAUCUCCCUCAAGAUGCCAAAGAACUCGCCUUCAUGACCAAAUUCAACUAAAUCCUCAACCAAUUGGUGGUAGUGCUAUUCUAAGAACCAAAUCUAUAAGUAUCUCAACAACAAUUCAAUCUGCCCUCCUCAACUCAAGACACCUUCUAAGCCAUUCAAAUUGACCAUUUCUUCAAAAGACAGAUUCAGAUCCUACAAUAAUCUUAUUAAUUGCAAUUGGACAAGAAGAAGAUGGAGAAUGUCUUGUUGUAAAUCAAAAAGAAACAAGAAAUCUUGCAACAGGAGAAUGAAUAAUUAUCAGAAAACAAAUCGUAAAUGAAUGAUUAGGUAACCUAAUUGAAGUAAUAAAUCUCGGAAUUGUAAAAAUAGAAUCACAACAAUCAAGAAAAUGAGUUGUUAGAAUCGGAAACUCAAGAAUUGAAGUAUCUCGUAUAAGGACAAUUCGAAGCCAUACAAAAAUUGUUGCAAAGAGAAUAGUUAAUGAAGGUGUUUUUAAAAAGAGUGGGUGAUAGUUCGAUAAUAGAAAUGUUUGAAUAAUUUAUCCAGAGUGCAGAGAAUGUUAAUCAAGAUGACACUGAAGGAAAUUUGAAUAUUGAUAUGUUACCAUAACAGAAGCAUUCUUAGAAAACCAACUAAUAACAACAAUUAUAAUAAUCAUAAUAGAUACCAGAUAAGAUAAUUCAAAAAUACGAAACUAGUUACAAAUAAUUAGAUUUAUGCGAUUCGUUAUUGGCUGACGAUUCAAGAGUUAAUGAUUCAGAAGAAAGCAGUUUCGGAUAUUUAGGAAAAGAGUAGGCAACGGAAGUCAGUUGCUAUUUCAACUAAGCUUAGUAAUUAAUUUAAUCAGUAUUCUAUUAGGUAAUUCUAACAACAACAACAAAACAUAUAACCAUCUUAAUAACAAUAGAAUUAGAAAUUGAAGGGAAAGACUAAUAACAAAGACAAAUUAAGAAUCAAUAUGAUGGAUGUGCAAUUAGCAUAGGCUGCAAACACGAAUAUCUAAAACAACAAUAGAUGCUCUAACAAUAACAGCAACAUCAUGACAAGAUUCUGCCAGAUGAUAUAAACAGUGAAGAUUUUUGA